ACUUUCACUUCAACCAACGUGACAUGUGUCAAAAAAGAAAAUAAGAGGAGGAAAAAAUUAUAAAAACUCGAUUAAAAAAAAGCGUGCAACGAAUUUCGGGGGCCCAUGUGCUGAAGAGUGCAGCUGGGGAGGCAACGAUAGCUUCCCCCCACCAGCAAUCAGCAGCUGAAGAGCCACGCAGUGUGUCUGGUGUGGAUGGAGAGAGCCACCACCUGGCUCUCGUGGAAUCGUCGUCUCUUGUGGUCAGUCUGAGUGCAACUUUCCGUGCGUCCGGAAGUCUCUUCUUGAGCCCCCACCCGUGUUGAGAGUUUUUUGAACGUAAAGUGCAACGGAGUGUGCAACGAAAAAGUCUCAAACUGUGCAGAAUAAAUCGCCUAUCCUGCUUCUCCGGAAAAGAGAUUUUCAGAACAAAUAAAAGGAGUUUUACAGUUAAUGGGUGAUUUAUCCGCCGCAGAGAGACCGAAUGUGCUUCAUCCUGGACAUCCGUACGCCUCCGCCACGGUGACAAUGUUUAUGUAGCAAAAGUUUGGUGCGUGAAAGUUCUCGUCUUAUUGGAAGCUCCACGACAUUUCCCACGGGAAGAUUACAUAAGAGGGAAAAGCACGAGGAGGAAAAGAAGUUGAACAAUCUCUGAACUUUAAUCGUGUGACUCGAAUUGCAUCGCAUUGUGAGAGAGACACGCUAAAAAGAAAGCCCCCAAACGGUGUGAGUGUGAUACAAAAAAAAAAUUAAUUCUUCAGAGUGCUGCAAGAGAUUGCAAUUGAGGACAAGGACUCCAAUCCCCAACAGACUGCCCAAGUCUCCGAGUCAAGAAUAAUAUAAUAAAGAAAAAUUAGAAGAACUUUCUGGUGGAAUUCCUCUCUGAGGAUUUACAAUGAUGGGGCAGUUUUUUCGUGCCCACGGCAAAUUUUGCGCCUCCCACCCAUGGGAGGUGAUUGUGGCCGUUGUCACAUUGACCCUGUGCAUGACCUGCAAGAGUGGCGACAACCAAUCGCCACCGGCCGCUGUGCGACAGGCACACCGUCAAUGCCAUGGUUGGGAUUGGCGGGACACGUGUGAAGAUCAGGAGCAAGCUGAGUACAAUGCAGCCGAUGUGAUCCUCAUGACGGUGGUUAGAUGCUCAGCUGUCCUGUAUUGCUACUACCAGUUCCGCAAUCUUCAUAAACUCGGUUCCAAAUAUAUCCUCGGAAUUGCUGUACUCUUCACACUCUUCUCUAGUCUUAUUUUUAUGUCGACGGUUUUUUACUUCCUGGGAAGUUCCGUCGCUGAUCUCAAGGAUGCAAUGUUCUUCUUCCUGCUACUCGUUGACCUGUCAAAGGUGGGAAUUCUGGCACAAUUAGCACUCAGUGGUUCAAAUCAAGGUGAAGUAACGAAAAACAUUGCACGUGGAAUGGAAAUUCUGGGCCCGUCAAUUUCUCUGGAUACCCUCGUGGAGGCUCUUGUGAUUCGCGUGGGAACCCUGUCGGGGGUCCAUCGCCUUGAACUUCUCUGCGGGUUUGCCGUGAUGUCCGUUGUGGUGAAUUACAUCCUCUUCAUGACCUUCUACCCAGCAUGCCUGUCGCUCAUUUUGGAGCUGUCGCGCAAUGGCGUUGAUGUGGCACGUUCCGUGAAGGUCAAGGGGAAGGAUUCACUUCUAACACGUGCCCUGUAUGAUGAGGAUCAAAAGCCAAAUCCCGUCGUGCAGAGAGUUAAAAUUAUCAUGUCAACGGGACUUAUUAUUGUUCAUGCUCACAGUCGAUUCACAUUUUCGGAUAGGGAAAAUGAAUCAGACACCGUCACCCUAUCAAAUGCCCCACAGAGUGUUUCACUGAAUCGCACAGAACCAACAGAUUUUACAGGAUACAUCAUGAAAUGGAUUACAAUGAGUGCCGACCAAAUAAUCUUCAUGGUGGUGAUAAUUGCUCUUCUCUUCAAAUACAUCUUGUUUGAGGAUCGUGCUGAUCUUGCGGAUCAGUUGAAAUUGAGCGAAAGUACCCACGAUGAUGGUGAUGGGGCACAAUGCAAUGGGAAUGGGGGCGUUGAGAUUAGAGUCACAUCCACGGCAGAAGGUGAUAAGGGGAAGAAGAAGAACAAGCCCCUCUUCACGCUCGAUGAUACGACGUAUGUGGAUGAGAUGACUCAGACGGAUGAUAUUGUGUGGGAGUUGGAGCAUUUGGAGCAGGCACCGCUUGUCCGGGAGGAACAGACAAAUCAUGCCCCACGUUCACUCCCGGAAUGCAUUGAGAUUCUCAAUUCAAAUGAUCGUGGUGCUAGUCUCAGUGAUGAGGAGAUCAGGAUGAUUGUAAAGGCAGGCGGUGGGCACAUACCACUGUACAAUAUUGAAAGUGUUCUCAAUGAUCCAGAACGUGGUGUGAAGAUUAGACGACAAAUUCUAGCAACUGAGGCUCGUUUUCCCUACGAUGUGUUCCAGAAUCUCCCCUACAGAGGCUAUGAUUACUCCAAGGUGAUGAAUGCAUGCUGUGAGAAUGUGUUGGGGUACGUCCAGAUUCCAGUGGGCUAUGCAGGGCCUCUUCUGCUCGAUGGGGUGCGCUACUAUGUGCCCAUGGCAACGACGGAAGGAGCCCUCGUGGCAAGUACGAAUCGCGGAUGCAAAGCUCUAAUGUCGCACGGGGUGACGAGUGUUGUGCAGGACAUCGGGAUGACCCGUGCCCCAUGCGUGCGCUUCCCCAGUGUCCUCCAGGCAUCCCUGGCAAAGCGCUGGAUUGAGACUGAGGAGAAUUAUGAGCGAAUUAAGUGUGCCUUUGACUCAACGAGUCGCUAUGCGCGUCUGCAGGAGAUUCUCAUUGGCAUGGAUGGGCCAACGCUGUACAUUCGGUUCCGUUCGCACACGGGUGAUGCCAUGGGGAUGAAUAUGGUGAGCAAGGGAGCUGAAAUGGCACUAAAGUGCAUCCAGGAGCAUUUCCCCGAAAUGCAAAUAAUCAGCCUCAGUGGGAACUUUUGUUCGGACAAGAAGCCAGCAGCGGUGAAUUGGAUUAAGGGUCGUGGGAAGCAUGUUGUGUGUGAGUCAAUAAUCCCGGCGGAUAAGCUGAGGACGAUCCUCAAGACGAAUGCCAAGACACUGGUGCAGUGCAAUAAGCUGAAGAAUCUCGUGGGGAGUGCAAUGGCGGGCAGUAUUGGGGGCAAUAAUGCCCAUGCAGCCAACAUGGUGACAGCCAUUUUCAUUGCCACGGGACAGGACCCAGCGCAGAAUGUGACCAGCAGCAAUUGCAGCACCAGCAUGGAGGUGUGCGGGGAGACGGGAGAGGAUCUCUAUGUGACGUGUACGAUGCCGUCACUGGAAGUGGGGACAAUCGGCGGGGGUACGGUGCUGCCGGCCCAAUCGGCGUGCUUGGAAAUGUUGGGUGUGCGAGGGGCGCACGCCACCCAUCCGGCGGAGAAUGCCAAACGACUGGCCCGUAUUGUCUGUGCCACCGUGAUGGCCGGGGAGAUUAGUCUCAUGUCGGCCCUCGUCAAUAGUGAUCUAGUCAAGAGUCACAUGCGUCACAAUAGGUCUUAUAUUGCUAUUAACUCAGGAACACCAUCAAGGGUGAGUAGUGCAACGGGAGAGAGUUUCCUGAAUUUGAAUAAAAAUCCAAAGAUGUAAAAUUUUGGGGAAACUUUGAGUUGAAAAAAUUUGAACAAAAUCAUUGCAGAAAGAUUAAAAAUCAUAAUUAAUUAAAUUUAUGUAGAUUAAUAAGAAAUUAUAUAUUUUUUGACGUAGGAAAAGAAAAUUAAAUUGUAAAAAAAGAAAUAAUUAAAUUUUCAUUAUAGGAGUGCAAUUUUUUUUAAGAAAACAAACUUUAAAGCGAUAGAAAAAAGAGUCGGGGAUAUGUUAAGAACAUGGGAGGGGAAAUGGGAUAAAGUGUUAUGAAUAAAAUAAAAUAAUUUUGAUUCUACAUAAGAAUGUGGGUGGGAAGAAAUUAGAAUAUGUGUUUUAGAAAGAGAAGAUAUAGAAAAACUUACAAAGUGAAUAAAUUCUUUUUUUUGUGAAUUAAUUUAGAAAAUGAAAGAAGAGAGAAAAUUUCUAAAAGUUUAGAUUUUUAAGAUUGUUUUCACUUUUUUUUUAAAGAUAGUUAUUAUAUUUUUUUUUUGCAAAGAAGAAACAUAAAAAAGAAGAGAAAAUAUAACACUGCUGUUGGAUUAAAUUGUUAAAAAACAGUUGCCAUACGUAUGAAAGAAAGAAAUGCCUGUUACCAAAAUAAUAUUAAAAAAAGAAGAAAUUAAAUAAUUUUUUUCUGUGGAAUUUCAAGCACAAAAUUGAGUGGUUAAAUACAAAACAACAGAGUUACUUACAAAACAUCAGAUACCAUUCUAAGAUGGACUAGAAAGUCUUCCAUUUGAAUAACUUUUUAUGUAUAAAUUGUUCUUGAGUAAAUUUUAAAUAAGAAAAAAAUCUUUCAGAAAGAAACUUUUUUUUUCAGCGAAGAUUUCUUUCCAAAUGUUGCCUAUUUAUUGUCCCUUCGUUAACUUACUACAUAUUAGAAGAAGAUUUAUUUAAUUCAAUUCCACAAACACAAACAAAUCCUUCUCGAAAUUACAGAAAAAAAAGAAAUGUAAAAAAAAAUACUUAAACAGAGUAAAUAAGAAAAAAAAGAAAUAAAAUGAACUUGAAAAUAUAA